UGCGGUUAAACCAUGGCGACGUUCUACACUCGCUGCCUACAAGAGCUCCCAAAAUUGAACAUCACCGAUGUUCAUCGGAUUUGCAGAGUGACGACUACCCCCACCAGCAAAUUAGAUAAAGGAUUUAAGUUAUAUGCUGCAUCAUAUAUACACAACUACGAAGAUUAAGCUUCUGGAUUCAUCGCCGGUGAUACUGACACAUAGCCAGUGCUCCUGUGUGGCAGGCGCUGUUAUGUGCAAUCACACAGUGGCAUUGCUCUUCCAAACAGCACACUACUCACAACUCAGAGUGCCGGUUGUCCCCCCUGUGCAUAGCUGCACGGAAUCUGAACAGCAAUGGCACAAGCCACGGACAGUGGGUGUGAGGCCAGGACCCAUCAACUCCAUGAUCUUCACUAAGCCAGUACCAAAUAGGAUGGCCCAGACUGGAGUACGGAGUGGCUUCUACAGAGGCAUGGUGGGUCCGUUACCAGAUCCCUGCUUGUUCAGAAUAAUGGAGGCAUAUGCAAAAUUUAAUAUUGAGGACAGGCCACUUGUGACCACAAUGAACAUGAGACCUGACAAGCCCCUUGUGGAAAGUGCCUUUGGGCUGGUGCAGGAGGGCAGUGUUCUGUCAUAUCAGCAGCCGGUUUUGACAACCCGGUACAUCACACUACACCGCGAUGCACCACCAACACCGCACUUGCCUCUGGAGGGGUAUGACAUCUUGCCAUCAGAUUGUGUGUUUGUGUGCUCAGAAGAAGAGCUUCUGCAUCUGAAAAGCUUGUCUGUAACUCUGGAAAUGGCUCACAAAAUAGAGGAAGCUACACGUGAGCAAAGCUCUUCGUCUGAGUGGCAUCAGCUCCGCAGGCCCAGAGUGACUGCCUCUAGGUUUCGGGAGGUGUGUCACGUCAGAGGCCAGAGCUCGGCCGAGUCACUAGCAGAGCAUAUAUUGAAGGGAACAAGGCAGACAACAGACAUGAGGAGAGGAACUGAGAUGGAGCCUGCAAUAGCAGCAGAGUAUAGUAGGCUAAUGAAUGUUAACUACUCACCCUGUGGUCUGGUCAUUCACCCCAUUGCCCCCUGGCUUGCUGCAUCUCCUGAUGGUGUUGUUUUUGACCCCAAUGAAUACCCCCAGUUUGGCUUCGUCGAAUUCAAAUGUCCCAAUGUACAAAACUUUAUUGACUGCAAAUAUGUGCAGAUGGAAUGUGGUACCCCUAAACUAAAAAAGAGCCACGCAUAUUACUGGCAAGUGCAAGGACAACUGCUCAUCAGUGGGAUGCAGUGGUGUGACUUUGUUGUGUGGGCAAAAGAGGACUACCUAAUCAGAGAUGAAUGUCACUGGACCAUGUGGAGCUAUGCCAACCAGGGCUUUCAUCGUACAGUGGGAUUUGUACGAAGAGUUUUGGAGAAGUGGUGA